AUGAGUGUUGCGGAUCAAACAAUACGACAACUUCGAGCCACCAUAUUGUACUCGCUAGAUUAUGACCUUCUAUCGACUGCUGAAUUCACGUCUGAACGGCUUAUAGCUCAAAAUCCAAAUAAUCUAGACAGCAUUCAUCUGUAUGCGCUGGUGCUGUACAAACGCAAACGCUACAAAACGGCCUACAAUCUGACAGCCAGCUAUAGCGUACAACAUGUUGGUUGCUCAUAUAUGUUUGCCAAAUCGUGCCUGGACCUCAAAUGCGAAUCUGAUGGCAUAUCGGCGCUGACGAGAACCUUGCCCCUCUGGUCUCAGCUUAGUCGAGCGGACGACACUGAUUCCAGAUACAUGCCAGACAAUGUUGCCUGCUACAUUCUUUUAGCCAAGCUUUAUGCAUCUGUUGGAGACGUGAGACGCAGUGCACUAAACUACUCCCAGGUCCUCAACAUCAAUCCCUACAUGUUCGAAGCGUUUGAAGAAUUGUGCAAGAUGGGCGUGAAAGUUAAAGUGAACUCUAUUUACAAGGUGAACACCAUUGAUGAAAUUUCAGGAUCUUUGUUCAAAAAUGUACAGCCCAUUUCUGCAGAUGAGAAAAAGGGAGGCUUUGGUUUCUCUGAUCAAAAAUCCGACAGCAGACACUUUUUCAAAACCCCAGCACAUUCAAGCACUGGGCCAGCAAACGGUGGAAGUGUUGCCCAGACACCAGAGCAACAAAGUCACACUAUAUUAGCGACUCCCAGGGUAAAACAACUGCAAAUGCCAGACGCACCAAAUCGAAAAGCCGCAAAGAGCUCGAAUUUUGAUGGAUUUAAACAUCCAUCAGCCCCAACGGAUUCCAUACGCCGUAAGUCUUCGAGAAAUUCAACUUCUAUCACCUCAAGGCUUUUAGGACAUCCAUUGAACACACUCACAGAUUCGAACUUCACCGCGACAAGUGGAGUAACCGGGGCUUCUUCAGCAGGAUCACAGAAUUCCAAACGUGAGGGAGCCGGAAUCAAGCGUGUCAUCGGCUCGACGUUCUCAAAUGCUGGUAUGGUUGGAAACGAGCCAAGACCAGACAUUCUCCAGAGAUCAAAUGACCAACAACUUCUUGGAACUUAUGCUAAGCUUGCAAAAGGUUUCAAAGCGAUGUGCUUUUAUGAUUGUUUCAAGGCAAUCAGAAUAUUUGACUCGCUUCCAGAAAAUGAACGGAAUACUCCCUGGGUUCUAGGAAAGCUAGGACGUUUACAUUUUGAGAUUGUGAAUUACGAGGAAGCCGAAAACUACUUCAUCAAAUUGCGCCAGCUUGACAGAACGCGGAUCGAAGAAAUGGAGUAUUACUCUACACUAUUAUGGCAUUUACAUAAGGAAAUGGAUUUAAGUUUCCUCUCGCACGAACUCCAUGAAAUCUCCAAAGACUCGCCUGAGGCCUGGAUUGCCGUGGGAAAUUUGUUUUCACUGAAUCGAGAACCAGAUGAAGCAAUAAAAUGUUUCCAGAAAGCUAAUCAGGUAGACAAGAAUUUCGCAUACUCUUAUACUCUACAAGGCCAUGAAUAUUUGUCUAAUGAUGCAUUUGAGAAUGCAUUGGAAUGUUUUAGACACGCAAUUCUCCUCGACAAAAGACAUUAUAAUGCAUUCUAUGGAAUUGGAAUGGUUUAUUUGAAACUAGGCGAUUUCCGAAAGGCAGAGUUUCAUUUCCGGAAAGCAGUUGAAAUAAAUCCGGUGAAUGUAAUUCUCAUAUGUUGUGUGGGAAUGGUUCUUGAGAAAUUGGGCAAGAAAGAGCAAGCUUUAAGACAAUAUAUCUUUGCAUCUCGUCUGCAGCCUUUGUCGAUGCUGGCAUUGUUCAAAAAGGCUCAAGCAUUGAUUUCGCUGAAAAGAUACGAUCUGGCUCUCAAAGAUUUUGAAAAGCUUGAGAAUUUGGCUCCAGAUGAGGCUUCCGUCCAUUUCUUGCUCGGAAAACUCUACAGGAUCUAUGGACGGAAAAAUGAUGCUAUCAAGCAAUUCACUAUAGCUUUGAACCUGGAUCCUAAGGGCUCGCAUUUAAUUAAAGAAGCUCUGGAAAGCUUAGAAGACGAGGAAGAUGUUGACACUACGGGCCAUGAUUCCUAA